AUGGGCUCCCUAGCUUUAACCCUAAUCUCGUGGCGUACAACAGUCGGAUUCCGUGCGAAUGUUGUGCCCCCAGACUUGGGGAUGUCGAUUUUUGGUGUGCGUUGGGGCCCAAUGCCUGGAAGUGUUGUGAGGCUUGUGCCUCUGCAGGAAAAUCCUGCAAACCUGCACAUUAUGCGCGGGCGAGCGUUUAUUUUCGCAGGGGUGGCGGCCGGGGAGGAUAUGGCCAUCCACAAAAGUCGCCUUCAUCGUUUGGUAAAACGAUUGGACGCACCUCGCCUGGCGGCGUUGUCUGCUCGGGGCAGGGCCGGGGCGAAUGCCCUGUGGUCCCAGCGCCGGGCGGCGGCUGAGCCUGCAGGGGUGCAGGUUUUGGAGGCAGUGGUUGUGCCUGGUCCUUCCAGGGCAGAGGUGUUAGAGGAAGAGGAGGGUGUGGAGGAGAAUGUGGGGGUUUUGGAGGUGUCGAGCUCCAUGGGCUCCGUGGCGGAGGGGUUGAUUGAGGAGGGGUUGGCUGGAAAGGAGUUGACAGAAGAGGAGCUGGUGGGAGAGGAGCUGGCAGAAGAGGAGUCAAUGGAGGAGGUUGUGAGAGUGCUGAUGACCACAGUGCCACUGGCGUCUGUGGAGCAGGGGGGGCGGGUGCCCCGGACGGUGGAGGAGUGGGAUGAGGGGGAUGGUGGGAGGGAGAAGAGGAAGUGA